GUGUGUGUUUGAAUGCGUGUGUGCGUCUCCCUGCCUUGUGUCCUUGUUGUCCCUGCCUCCCCACCCAGCAGCCGUGCCGUGAUUGGCCGGGAAUCGCGGGGGCUCCUUGACACAGCAGCAGCGGUGGUGGUGGUGGUUUUGGUAGUGGUGCUGCCGACUGCUCCGGGACGUGUUUCAACAGAUGGUGGAGGUUGCAGAGUGUCAUCACAUCGGAGAGAGGAUUAGAGGAGAGAGGUUGUCUCCCAGGAGCUGUGUGGUCGUGUCCCCCCCCUCUCCUCUCCUCCGUCAGGACGAGUCUUGAGCCCUAAAAGCUGAAGCACUCCCCACUCUCUCUCUCUGUCCCUAUGAGCAGAGCAGGACCCGGCAGAGAAGCAACACGCGGACAACGCACAACUUGGAGCAAUCUCACUUGGAAAUCUUUCUGCUCCUUUUCCUUUCAGUUGACCGUGACAAUAGGAGUGGCAGCGUGAGUUUGUGGCCUGCCUCCUGUGCUGCAGUAAUCCUCAGCUCUGCCCACCCUGAGAGCCGGCGCGGGCACCAUGCUGCUGCCGUGGCUGGCCUGGUUGGCCCUGCUCGCCAUGGACUGGGCCCCUGGGGGCUCUGCCUUCACCACCAGGCCCCAGGGGCUAAGGGGGCGCAUCCAGAGAGACCGCAGGAACAUCCGGCCCAACAUUAUCCUCAUUAUGACGGACGACCAGGAUGUGGAGCUGGGAUCGCUUCAGGUGAUGAACAAAACUCGUAAAAUCAUGGAAGAUGGUGGCACAUCCUUCACCAAUGCCUUUGUCACCACUCCUAUGUGCUGUCCGUCACGUUCCUCCAUGUUGACUGGCAAAUAUGUCCAUAACCACAACACAUACACCAACAACGAGAACUGCUCCUCCCCUUCCUGGCAAGCGCAGCACGAGCCCCGGUCAUUCGCAGUCUACCUCAACAAUACUGGCUACAGGACAGCCUUUUUUGGCAAGUACCUCAAUGAAUACAACGGCAGCUACAUUCCUCCUGGGUGGCGUGAAUGGGUUGGAUUGAUCAAAAAUUCCCGCUUCUAUAAUUAUACAGUCUGUCGAAAUGGUUACAAGGAGAAACACGGCGCUGAUUAUGCCAAGGACUACUUCACAGAUUUGAUCACCAAUGACAGCAUCAACUUUUUCCGCAUGUCUAAAAAGAUCUACCCGCACCGGCCUGUGAUGAUGGUUAUCAGUCAUGCCGCCCCCCAUGGCCCAGAGGACUCGGCCCCCCAGUACGCCGAACACUUCCCAAACGCCUCUCAGCACAUAACUCCAAGCUACAACUACGCUCCGAAUAUGGACAAACACUGGAUUAUGCAGUACACCGGCCCUAUGAAGCCAAUCCACAUGGAGUUCACAAACUUCCUUCACCGCAAAAGACUACAGACGCUAUUAUCUGUCGAUGACUCAGUGCAGAAAGUUUAUGAGAUGUUACAAGAAACUGGAGAGCUUGAAAAUACCUACAUCAUUUAUACAGCAGACCAUGGAUACCAUAUAGGACAGUUUGGCCUGGUUAAAGGAAAAUCAAUGCCUUAUGACUUCGACAUCCGUGUACCAUUUUUCCUUCGAGGACCCAAUGUGGAAGCAGGCGCUGUAAACCCUCACUUGGUGCUGAACAUUGACCUGGCUCCCACUAUCCUCCACAUCGCUGGACUGGACACACCUCCAGACAUGGACGGAAAGUCUAUCCUCAAGCUGCUGGAGCAGGACCGCUCUGGGAACAGAUUUAAACCAAACCGGAAACCCAAAGUCUGGCGGGACACAUUCCUUGUGGAGCGGGGUAAAAUCUUGAGGAAGAAGGAUGACUCACUGAACACCCCGCACACCAACAGCCUGCCCAAAUACAAGAAGGUCAGGGAGACGUGCCAGCAGGCUGAGUUCCAGACGCCAUGCGAGCAGCCCGGGCAGAAAUGGCAUUGUGUGGAGGAGAUCACAGGGAAGUGGCGUAUUCAGAAGUGUAAGGGAGGGGGCGUAAAAGAAGGCUCCAGGAAGAGGGUCCGCAGCCUGAAACCUCGCAGCAGCUACGACCACCGAGAGAGGGGCUGUGAGUGUGACCCUGCCCUGCUCAAACCCACACGAGCAGACCGCCGAUCACAAAGGCAGUUCUCCUCAGGCCACCGUUUCCGCCCACGAUUCGUCCACACUCGUCCUGCCAGGUCGCUCUCAGUUGAAUUUGAAGGUCAGAUUUAUGACGUGGACCUCCAGGCUGAUGACCAGUCUGCCGUCCGACGCAGGGUCAUCUCAAAACGCCACUACAGCCCUGAAGACACUGCCCUAGGAACAGACGACGGCUCAGAGGAGAUGCUGGCAGAUGACACUAAUGCUGUAGGAUACCCCAACUCAGUCAGAGUCACUCACAAAUGUUAUAUCUUAAUGAAUGACUCUGUCCAUUGUGAACGGGAAGUUUACCAGUCUUCUAAAGCCUGGAAGGACCACAAAACCUACGUGGACCAAGAGAUUGAGGCGCUCCAGGACAAGAUCAAAAACCUGCGUGAAGUGAGGGGUCAUCUGAAGAGAACACGCCCUGACGAGUGUGACUGUGGCAAAAAGAGCAGCUAUUUUAGCAAAGGCAUCAGAAACAAGGAGAAAUUGAAGAAGAGAAAAAAUCAACUCCAUCCAUUUAAGGAAGCAGCACAUGAGGUAGACGCUAGGGUGCAGUUGUACAAUGAGAUCCGAAGACGUAAGAAGGAGAGGAAAGAGAAGAAGAGGCUGAAAAAGGGGGAUGACUGUAGCCUGCCCGGACUCACCUGCUUCACACAUAACAAUGACCACUGGCAGACAGCGCCCUUUUGGACCAUGGGGGGAUUCUGUGCUUGCACCAGCUCCAAUAACAACACUUAUUGGUGCCUACGAACCAUCAACGAAACGCACAACACCCUGUUCUGUGAGUUCUCCACUGGCUUCCUGGAGUAUUUUGACCUCAACAGUGACCCUUACCAGCUAACCAAUGCUGUAUAUAACGUGGAUAGGGAUGUACUGAACUCUCUCCACGCUCAACUGAUGGAGAUGAGAAGUUGCCAAGGAUACAAACAGUGUAAUCCACGUCCAAAAGGCUUGGACACAGGAGGUAAAGAUGGAGGAAGCUAUGAGCCGCACAGGCAGCAGCAGCACCGACAGUGGUCAAAGAGGAGACCAAGCCUCUCCUUCCUAACACAGCCCUUAUGGGACGGACGACAGGGUUAAGCUCCCCAACCUGACGGAUGAGGAGGUGAACUGGCAGGGACUGGAGGACCUUUACAGCAUCAACGACAGCCUUUACGAACCCAGGCCUGACUACAGCCUCAGCCCAGACAACUGGGACAACUAUGAGAAGGAAGUAGACUAUAUGUUUGCACUGCUACUUGAUUUAAAGAAACACAACCAAACCCAUACACUUGACGACUCCAACCUGCCAGAGCUGGGCUCCGGGGCUGGGGGAGGACUGGACGAGGGUAGUGGAGCUCUCUGGCCUGGAUUUAUCACUGAAAUCCAGACAACAACCCUCACCCCAAGUACAACACUAACAUCUGUACAAAGCCCUAUCCCCCUACAGGACGGCCCACUGGGGACUCUAUUGAAUGAGCUGCCAGAACGUGUGCAUGUCAGCCCCUCUCCUCUUGUCAGGUCAGCCAGUGUGCAUAGCGCCUCUGUGUGGGCGCAGCUGGAGGACCUUGAGCGAGAGGAGGACUUCAGUGGGAAUGGACUGACAGAGUUGGAGACUAGACACGCCCACCUCCUGCGCACACAUAACAGCCUGGAGCCGCAGCCCCGGGGCCCAGUCCUGCCCCUGGAUGACCAGGAGGACCUCUUUCAGGCCCAAGGAUACCUCCCCUUCUCCCCUCAGACUGUAGGGCCUGCAGUGAAGGCCAGUGCCUCCUCUGGUCCCACCAGUGCUCCGUACAGCGCCCCCUCUGGUCACACCAGUGCUCCGCACAGAGCUCCCCCUGGGCCGACCAGUGUUCUGCAUGCCGUUGAGGCCAUUUUCACUGUGGACUUUGAGGGCAGUGGCUCGUCCCCACAGCCCUCCAAUCAGACACUCUGAGGGGAGGAGCAUGUGCCAAGCAACCAAUGAGCUGCUUGUCACCAUAGAGACAGUGACUAGGAGAUGAGCUUGCCGAAGGCAAGUGAUGCCACCUCAGUAAGAGUUGUAUAUUAAGUAUUAAAGUUAUUGUUUAUUUUUUUACAGGUGCCUACAUAUUAGUAAAACAGUGUUAUGUUUUCAAAAAUAUAUAUUUAGAAAAGAAAGCCUUAAUGCAGCUAAAGAGUAUUGGGAUAAGCGGAUUAUUCCAUCUGAAAAACACCUGAGAUGUUUAAUGUGUUUGAGAUGUUUAAUGUGUUUGAGUGGUGGGACCUGUGACAUCAGAAUAGUUCACUGGGACAAUCUCAUCCUCAGACUACUCUGUCACAGAUGGUCCACAGAUGGACCACUCUCCGGUGGCUUCGAGGCAACAUCGCCCCCAAAUGCACUUUUCUACACAAACUCCACUGUUUGUGUCUUUGACAUAUUGUCCAGUGUAAAUUCAGAUUUUAUGAAAUAUUUUAUUUCUACUGACUACUUUUUAAAGCUAGUGCUGGAGACAUUUCUAAAAAGGUUACAGAAUUAACAUAAAUAACAAAUUUUAUUUAAAAGUUCUUUUAACCAUUUUAAACUAAACUAUUUUUAACAGGCCUUUUGCUUUGUCAUGUUGUCAUAACUUUGGACAAUCAUGAAGUUUUAUAGGUAGCAUAUAUUAAUAUGCUUCAUGUACCAGCACCUAUUUCAGGCAGGCCACAAAAAUGCAUAGCUUAAGGUUUUAUUUUGCAUAUUACAGCACUAUUUCACUCUAAUUAGUUGCACCACUGCACCAGUUUGAAUUGCAGAGUUUGCACAUUGGUCACAUUCACAGCAGGUUUCAAUGCAACUGUAUUGACCAUUAAUAAUCACAGUGGGUCACAUGGGAGAGGUUUGUUAUGUAGCUUUUUUGGAAAUGCCACCAGAUGAAUUUAUGUAGUGCUUGAUAAUCCAGAGUGUAGUGUUGCAAAAGGCCCAUUCAUUUCAAAAGCAAAUGUAUUGAACUUAGUCUAUGACAGCGCUGAUGCAGUUGUAUGUAAAACCAACAUGCUCCUUUGUUUCAAUAAGCUAUGGAUUUUAUGGUGCACCUACACAUGUGCCAUCUGGUUAAGUGGCUUUACAGAAACGUAUAAGCUGUCUAGAAACUUGUGUUCAAAAGCCAUGAAGCUGAAAUAAACCCUUGCAACCUCCUAAA